GUCGCCACCGAUCCGGUUCCCAAACCGGAAGUGGUUUCCACAUGCAGCCGGUGCGGAAGUGUUGGGUUUGUUUUGAUGUUUCCGAGUCCAACGUGGUUCUGCGGCUCCAGCGGGAUGUGCUCUCUACCUUCACCGACCACAGGAGCCGUGUCACCGGCCGAGCCCCGAGCGGAACACAGCGGGGAGGAGGAAGAGCAGAGAGGGACGAAGAGGAAGAUGUCUCUGUCUGAUUGUGUGGUUUGUCGAUCUGAGGAGGCAAAGUACAGAUGUCCUGCCUGUCUUACACAUUCCUGCAGCUUGUUGUGUGUGAAGAAACACAAGGAAAAGUCUGGAUGCAGCGGAGUCAGAGACAAAGCGGCCUUCGUGUCUCUGUCACAGUUUGAUGAAAUGGCUCUUCUGAGUGACUACAGGUUUCUGGAGGACACAGGGAGAUUUGCUGAUGGUACCACCAGGGACCGUCUCAUCCGGGCUCCUCGCACCACUUUUAAAGCAAAGAGGCUGGCAGCCUGUGGCCGAAAGAUGAACAUCACUCUGAGGUUCCUCCCCAUCACCUUCACCAAGAGCAGAGAGAACUCCACCGUCUUCCUUUCAAAGGAGAAACUGUUCAUGUGGCAUCUGAAGCUCAUCUUUCCUCAGGGCAGCACAGAGUUCAGUCAGAGGAGGGUGUCCGACAGUCAAACCUUGAAGCAGAUCUUGACGCCUUAUAUCCAUCCUACAGAGUCAGACCCUGUGACACGCCAAAAGUUGAAGGUGUACGUGCACGCCCCGUCCAGUGACGUGAAGGUCUUCAUGAAGGCAGAGGGGAGGAAGGCCAACUCUGUGAGGUACCACGAGUUGGACAUUCAGAAGAGCCUGAGGGACAACCUGAGUUACAAAACACUGAUUGAAUAUCCUGUGCUGCAUGUUGUACUCAGAGAACAUUGGAAGGAGUAUCCUCUAAAAGGACCAGCUGAGCCUGCGUCAGCCCGGAGUAGUUUUGAAACAAAGAGGGAAGAGGUGGAUCACAAGAAGGAGGAUGUGACCACAGUUUCACCAUCCCCGCUCGGGUCUCGCACAACACAAGGAACCCACGGCUGUGUGGGAGCCCGAGAGACCAGCCCUGAAACUGAACCUCCACAGGAGAAAAGGGCAAAGAGAGAAUCAAGGGAGCAGGAGGUAGAAGAGGGGGAGAUUACAGACGCUAGCGAAGACGAGGAAGAGGUGGAAGAUCAUGCUGAAGAAAACAACUUGCGUGAUAAUAGCGUUGGUGAUGCCAAAAGCUCCACUGGUGACAUGCAGGUUAUUACAGAUGAGCUUGUGGAUAAAUACAGUGAUAGCAGCAGGGAUCAGUGCUUAAAUGAGGCUAUUACUGGUUCCACUGAUGAUAUUUCAACGGCCACAGACAGGAAGCGCUGAGGGCAGCAAGAACACGGAGGAGACAGUGAAAUAGUCAGGGCCUGCUCAUACCCAGUUAAAGCUCCCGACAGCUGUGGACUGGAAUUCUAAUACCCAGAUGUUCACGAUGAAAUGAUUGCGGACACAGACGUAUCUGACAGAAAGUCAAUCAUCUGUGGUUUCAGUAUUUUCACCAAGUGUAUUGUUGUGUAUAAAGAGAAUCAUUUCUAUGUUGCUGUUUAUAAGUCAGGUUUAACCUUGUCUGGAAACAUCAUUUCUUAAAUAAAGACUUUUUUUUUUGGGAA